AUGAAGCCCUACAGCAACUGGGAAGAGUUCCUGAUGCCAGCACCCAUAUCUGUGGCUAUUUUAGGUGAAUUGAUAUUCAUUUCAGCAAAGGAUGACUUUCCCAUCGAUCAGAACAUGCCCAAAGAUGGCUACAAGUACAUUAGAUACCCCCAGUCAUUCCGUGCUUGUCUGGUUCAAGUCAGCAACCAAGGGUGGGAGGCGUUCAACGAAGCCCACAAGAACAUGGAUAGGAUACGGCUUCACUCUUUGACCCUUCCAAGCCAUGUAAGGAGCUCGGUCAAGAUCCUAAUGCAAGGAAAUAAAGAUAUGAUUCAUGCACUCCUCCCUAAAGUACUGAGCAAUGUUAGCUCUUCGGCAGAGUCCUGCCUGAGUCUGGCAACAUCUGUGGAGACCAAGUUUACUGCGGUGAUAGCUCUGAUCAGUGAGCUGUUGGAGGCCUGCACUAACUCGAAAGGUGCCUAUGCGCAGAGCCUGGAAAAGGUCAAAUUGAAAGUGGAAGAAUAUAAACUCAAAGAAGUGUCUGCAAAAGAAAUGAAAGAAAUGGCACAGAAUCAGGAGAAGUUAAUGAAGAAGCAGAUGGAACAAUGCCAAGAGGAUUACAAAUCAGCACUUAAUUCCAUGCCCAGUGGCUGGGAAGUUAUAGGAAUGACUGUUGUUGAAGGAAUGUCGAAUUUUUUCAACACCAUCAACUCUGUAAUACCAGCCGUUGUCGAAAGCUUCAAACGAGCCUCUCGUAAUGGAACCCACACUUCCACACUGCCCUCUCCCAAUGACAUACUAAAGUCAGGCAGCAUCUUGAGCAAAGGCAACCAGGUCUUGAAUUGGAUUAUCUUGCUUGAAAGUUUAGUGACCGAGGAUCAGAAAAUCAACAUGAAACUUGUGAUUGAUCAGAAAACCAGGAACUUGAAUACAGACUGGCCGAAGGAUCAGUUAGUCAAACUGAGAAGUGAAUUUGAACAGGAGGAAGAGAGUCGGCCUAAACAGAAGGCCAUGAAGCUGAUCAACCAGGCCAUUUCGGUUUAUAGCGAGUUUGAUAACCUGAAGAAAAACCCAGAGGAUGAGAAAAUGAUGAGCAAGAUCAUCUCGCAGAUAUAUCCAGUCUGUGACAAAGCGCGCAAGUUCAGCUCCUACUGCACCGCAGCGAGUAACUCUUCUGGGAUAAAUGUCAAACCACCACAGAUGGCAAAGGCGGUCAGUGAGGAGAGCACUGGCCGGGAAAGUGCUAGUACUGCAGUUGUAAAAAAUGCCAGGUUCAAAGUUCAACAGACGACAUCGAUGUUAAAGAAAUCACAGGAAAUGUAUGACAAGAGCUUCGAAAACCUGAAGAGAAGCAACAAGGAACUGACAGAAAUCUUGGCUGGGAUGAGGAGCUGUGAACUGAAGGAAAUAGACUUUGAUAAAACCAUUGAGAUCCUCAUGGAAGGACUUGAGGCCUUGGGGAAAGUUAAAGAGCAGUGGGCCAAGAUGAUUAGUUUCUUCCAGAUGUUAUGCAAUCUGAUUAAAAUUUGUCUUGAGUCUGUCGAUAAUUUUGUCUGCUACACUGAAGAGGCUUCGAAGCAUCCUACAUAUUCUAUGGCGUCUUUCAUGAAAGACAUGAUCUAUACACAAGCUUUUCAGGCUACUAAUAUCAUCAACAUGGUCCAUAUGAUUUCCAACUCCUAUGUAGAAAUAUCUACAGAAUUCCUGAUGGAUGAAGUGAGCAGCUUGGGAAAACUCAUCGCUUUAGAUCCAACGAGAAAAGGAAACCAUUUUUGGUUGGAACGUGACAAGUUACAUAGUUCCUGUGACAAGGCUUCGAAAGGGAUUCAGGAGCUGAUACUUAAGAACAAGGAGGAGUACAGCAGGAACCUGGAGAGCAGAGUCAAGACAAUCAAUGAAAACCUGGAGGCCGUGCUCCCUCCUGUGUCUGCAGAAGAGAAAAAGAUGAUUGAAUACACAGUGAAUCAGGGAAUUGAAGCAGCGACCAAAGACACGUCGGAUGACAUUGAUAUCUAGAAAUAAUGGAUUACAGCUCUUUCAACUUUCAGCCAAUGCUGCCGUGACUGAACCAUUUAGAAAGAGGCUUCACCGGACAAUUCACACACUGAAAACUUCAGCCUUCCCACCGGACAAACAGAGAGGACGACUCACUCCAUUAUUAAAUUCUUACACGUGCUCAGUGAUUUGAGUCAGAUAACUCCUCAUUCCAGUUAAUUAGUUUAAAUCCCUCUUUGUAGUCAUCUUUCCCAUAAUAACAUUUGGUACAGUGCUAUUCACAUUA